CGAAAAAAAUCAAAGCAUGUGAAAGGAAAACGAUUGAAUGCGACUCCCCCUAUUCCCUUUAAACCCAAUGGAGAUUGACCGGCACAGCACAGUAAUGGAACUGUCCGCUCUCUCGCUGCAGAAACGUGUUGUGGGUUUGGUUCAAGGCGUCCGGUUUGUGAGACAGCGUGUCGACCGUCCAGUUAAUAGUCCAGGCAUGGCGGAUGGCGGGGUGACGCUGGCGCAGCACCGCGAGAUCGACCCGGCAGAGUUCACGCUGCGGAAGAGGCUGCCGCGCAAGCUGCCUCAGCGCCGCAACGACGUCUACGUGAACAUGAAGACCGACUUCCGCGCCCAGCUGGCCCGCUGUCAGAGGCUGCUGGAGGGGGGCGAGUUCAACGAGAUCUGCAUCCACGGGCUGGGGCUGGCCAUCAACCGGGCCAUCAACAUCGCACUGCAGCUGCAAGGGAACGGGCUGGGGGCGCUGCGGCUGGCUCCGAACACGUCGACGGUGGAGCUGGUCGAUGAUCUGGAGCCCGAGACAGACCAGGGUGAGCCGGUGAGCCGCACCCGCAACAACUCCGCCAUCCACAUCAAAGUGUUCCGCGCGGACCCCCAGUAGAGGAGCGCCCCCCCUCCCCCCGGGGAAACCACGGCGCGUUUGUGACGGGUUCGCUUUGUAAACACUGUGUGGAGGAGGAGCUUACAGGACCCUGCGGAAUGCUGGGCCGGGAGCGAUUUCCUGUUUCUCAAUUCCGAAUUCCUUUUGUAGAAUCAAUUCCCGAUUCAGAUUCCCGCGCCCUUUUGAAUUACAAACAGUGAAAAACAAUGCAAAUACAUUAAAUACAGUGAAAUACAGCCUGGCACAGUCCAUUAAAUACAAACAGUACAAAACAAUGCAAAUACAUUAAAUACAGUGAAAUACAGCCUGGCACAGUCCAUUAAAUACAAACAGUACAAAACAAUGCAAAUACAUUAAAUACAGUGAAAUACAGCCUGGCACAGUCCAUUAAAUACAAACAGUACAAAACAAUGCAAAUACAUUAAAUACAGUGAAAUACAGCCUGGCACAGUCCAUUAAAUACAAACAGUACAAAACAAUGCAAAUACAUUAAAUACAGUGAGAUACAGCCUGGCACAGUCCAUUAAAUACAAACAGUACAAAACAAUGCAAAUACAUUAAAUACAGUGAAAUACAGCCUGGCACAGUCCAUUAAAUACAAACAGUACAAAACAAUGCAAAUACAUUAAAUACAGUGAAAUACAGCCUGGCACAGUCCAUUAAAUACAAACAGUACAAAACAAUGCAAAUACAUUAAAUACAGUGAAAUACAGCCUGGCACAGUCCAUUAAAUACAAACAGUACAAAACAAUGCAAAUACAUUAAAUACAGUGAAAUACAGCCUGGCACAGUCCAUUAAAUACAAACAGUACAAAAA